AUGAUGCAUACAUGUUGCCUUGUAUUUGUCUUUCAGCUGCUCUCCAUUUCUGGGGCAAUGGAGAGCAGCAUCGUGGGUGGUAGGGUUGCAAAGCCUCAUUCUAGACCCUACAUGGCAUCACUGCAGGUCCGUGGACAUCAUAUAUGUGGUGGGAUACUUAUUCGAGAGGACUUCAUCCUAACUGCAGCACACUGCAAAAAGGAUGAGCAAAUGACAGUAGUACUUGGAGCACAUGACAUAACCAAGGAAGAGGACAGUCAGCAAAGGAUUCAAGUGAAGUACCAUCCACAUCCAGAAUUCAAUGGACAAUUUGAUAAUGACAUCAUGCUACUUGAGUUAAAAAAGAAUGCCACGCUUAAUAAGUAUGUGAAGCCCAUUGGACUACCUAAGAAAGGCGGGAAAAUUCCAGCCAACAUCGAGUGUGCUGUUGCAGGCUGGGGCCUAACUGGAGACAAAUCUCAAUCACCUGUUCUGAGGGAGGCCAAGGAGAAGAUGCAAUCCAGCUCUAAGUGCAAAAAUAAGUGGGGAGAAUACUUCAAUGUUGAUCACAUGAUAUGCACCACAUUUCCUAAAGGAGGGAUUUGUCAGGGUGAUUCUGGUGGGCCACUUAUCUGCAACACCAAACCUCAGGGAAUAACAGCUUUCACCAGCUCAGAUUGUAAUGAUCCCAGGUAUCCCCAUGUCUUCACGAAAGUCCAUGCCUUUCUACCAUGGAUUAAGGAAGUGAUGCAGGGAUUGGGGGAUGCUGAAUGA